AAAAGUUAACAAUAUCUUCCAAGUUCCAAUCCUUUUCAUAUUCUCGGAAAUGGCGGUUGGGAGCUGUAGUCUACCGCUUCCUCUUUCUCAAAUGACCCGGAUUUCCUCUUCAUCAGCAUCAACAAGAGAAAGGAAGAUUACGUCUAAGUGUAAAUUGAACUGUGUCUCCCCUAACACUCUUAGUGACAGUGUCUCCGAUAAAGCCUUGCUAGAUAUCCAAAAUUCUGGAGUCAUUGCGUGUCUCCGUGCUCCAAGUGCAGAAGUGGCCAUGGAAGCUGCGCUUGCUGCACUUGAUGCUGGAAUCUCCGUGCUGGAAAUUGUAGUGUCAACUCCAGGUGUGUUUGAGGUAUUAAGAAAAUUAGUCCAUUGUUAUCCCACAAAAACUAUAGGAAUUGGAACUGUAUUGUGUGCAAAAGAUGCCAAAGAUGCGAUUGAGUUUGGAGCCAAGUUUCUUAUGAGUCCUGUAUUAGUGAAGGACAUUCUAGUUGGUCUUUCAGGAGAUGAGGCUCUGUAUAUACCUGGAGCAAUGACCCCAACAGAGAUAUUAUCUGCCUUCCGUAUGGGUGCCAAGAUUGUCAAGGUAUAUCCUGUCUCAGCAUUGGGAGGAACUAAGUAUAUUUCCGCACUGAAAAGGCCAUUCUCUCAUAUUCCAAUGGUAGCAUCUCAGGGGAUAACGAUAGAUUUAGUUGGGGAAUAUAUUGCUCAGGGAGCAUCGGCAGUUGUUUUGUCAGAUGCUAUAUUCGAUAAGAAGGCAAUGAGCCUACGUAAUUUCAGUGCAGUACAUCAACUAGCCUCCCGUGCAGCUCUGCUGGGAAAAGAAGCUGUAAAAAGGAGAAGCGGUGGCUAGAACCAUUUUGAGUUCUUAUAGUGAGCCUGAUGACAAAAUUGUCAAAGCAAAAUGGUGCAGUCCUGAAGAGUAGACUGUAAUGGCUAAUCACCAAAUAGCAUCUAUUGUUGGCAGUUGUUCUCCUGGGGUUCUUUAGCUGUUCUCUUCUACAGAUGAUAAACUCCGUUCUUAUGUAACUGCUUGCAAAUUACAUAAGAGAGAUAAAUUGUACUAGGUAAAUUUCGUGCAGUGCAUCGGGCUCAACUAAGAAGUUAUUGACAAAAAUCAAACUCAUGAGCCUUUCGAUACGAACAUUAUGCUCAUCUACUUAGCUAGACUGUCCCGUCUUGUUUUCUAAUUAUGUGGACGCACAUGCUUUUUAGCUCAGCAUAGUUCGGGGUAUGCCUUGUGGAUGUUGCACAUAUUUUUUCUUAGUAACAUAUUUAUCGUUACUAGAGAUUGUGAUUGUAUUUACUUUCAAGUAUUUUAAAAUGUAAUACUAAUUAUAGUUUUAAUAUGAUUUCUAGAAACUUUUCGAUUUGGUAA